AUGUCCCGGGCACUGGACCAAGAUGUCGCGGAAUCGCUCGAGGAGGGCAACCGGCUGGAUGCUUACGAGGCCAUAUCUGCGCUGCUGCUGUCUCGGCCGGGCGGCGGGCUGCUGGAACUCGAGAUACUGGGCAAGAGCUUCCCCAUGCCCGACGGACUCUACGUGCUGCAAGACGGGCGUGCCGCUGGCGUUUCCAAGGUCGGGCUCGUCCAGGCCUUCCUCGUUGCCCGCCAGAAGCUCGCCGCCCACCUGCACAAGACGGCCGCCCUGGACGACGGCGAGCUCUUCUCCACCACCGCCGUCAUCCUGCUGAUGGACCCAGAGUACCUCACUGCUGCCAACACCCGCAAGCGCCUGUUACAAAAGCUCACGUCCCGCCGCGACAGCACCUGUGCCGCCGUGCUCGAGAACGAGAAGCACUUCGUCGACAGCCUCCUGACCAGCAGGCUGCACAGGCACACAAAAUCCCCAACGCUGUGGAGCCACCGCCGCUGGCUGGUCCGCCUCUGCAGGUCGCUCGACGUGUCCGUGGACGUGGCGUCAGACGUCGUCCAUGUCGUCUCUGUCGCUGGAGAGAGACACCCCCGAAAUUACUACGCCUGGUGCCACGCACGCUUCCUCAGCGACCUGGACCCGGAAGACCAGGGCGGGAAGCUGCUCGCCGCCGUCAAGGACUGGUGCUGGAAACACCACACCGACAUAUCCGGGUGGUCGUUCCUCUACUACCUGCUCAGCGCCAGAGGAUCCCCCGGCUCGGCCGCCAGCUCCGCGACAUUCUCACAGGUCCUGGAGCGCGUCCGCUCUCUGCGACUGGCCAACGAGUCGGUCUGGGUGUUCUUGCGCACCCUAGCCGCCUCGGGCCUCGUGGGCGAGAAGGAGUACGCCGAGUUAGUCACUGUCGGCCACGGCCUCUCGGGCGCCGCGGCGGCACCUACGGACCAGCGCGUGCUACGCUCGGCCAUGGAAUGGUGCGACACAUAUCGGCUCGGCCGGUAG